GCCGCUGCCCCGGUUCCUGCCCGGGGCGGGAAGAGGCGGCGGGGAUCCUUUCAGGCAGGCGGGCCUGCCCCUCGCUCCUGAGGGCGGCCCGCAGGCGGAGGCGGCUCCCGGGUCCUCCCCUCGUCGCCGCCGGUGGCCCUUUUGGGAGACGGGGUUUCUCUUCGGUAGCGCCGCUCCUGAAGAGGCGGGAGGCCGUAUCCGCGCAGUGUUCCUCAGCGGCUGUCCCGGCACGACAAUUUAGCUUGACACUGCUGAGAAGAGAUGCAAUCCCCCUACUUCCAUCUCUCCCAUGCCUCUCCAUCACUUCCACUGCUACACUACUCCUUCUUGAGGGCAAUGGCAAUCUUUGCAAACUGUGUGUUCUUUAUUAAAGUGAAAUACUCACCCAUUCAGGGGAAGAGCAGGCUCAAAGUGUCCGUAAAAGAAAAUGGUGGAGUAGUUAAUUUUGUGCUUAAUCACAAGACUACACAUGUUCUUGUGAAUACUGCUGAUGUCCUCUGCUGUCAUGAUCUAAAAAAUAUUCAGAAGUAUCAGCUCCCUGUUUUAUGUGCAGAUUUCAUUUGGAAAUCAGUUGAAAAGGGGGAACUUUUACAGAUUGAUGCAUAUAAGGUUAAUAAAUCACAAGGUGAUGCUUCUGACCAAAGGCCAGUGUCACGACCUGAUCAGCAAGCUACCCUGGGUGGUGUGGAAGACCUCUCAUCUGCUGAAAAUAAAAAUGCCACAAAGAAAAAUGCAAACAAUUCCAACCUUACUGUUAUUGAAGACAGUGAGAGAAGAAUUGAGUCCAAAGUGGGCACUCUUACAUAAAAUAAAAUUAAAUUAAAGAUAUACCCCCAAGAUUUUGAAUUUGCAAAAUACAGUGUCCUUGAAAAAAUAAGCCUUUCUGUUAACUCCAAGGAAAGCAAAGAUUUUGUAGUUAUUGAAUUACAGUGUUCCCAAGAGCAUUACAAGUUUCCGUUUUGACUAUGUGCACGCUUCAGUGCAUCAAAUGUAACAAAGAAUAAUAAACAGUUCGUAACUAAUACUGCUGAAGAAAUAAGAGAAAAGUACAAGUCUUUUAUUGCAGACUUGAAGAGCCAGGAUUUCUCAGAGAGUUUUCCACCAGAAGCAGAAUCUGUAGCUUCUACAAAAUUGCAAAAGUUACUUCUAGAAGAAGCCAUCCAUUCAAGUGCUGUAUGUCAGGAAGUUAGUGAUUUUGUGGAAUUGAUCUGGGCAGGAGCUGUUGGGCACCUGGAUAGUUUACUACUUGAAUCAGUAAACAACAUAAGCCUAAAUGAUGUAAGUUAAUUUUUCAAAGCAGAAGUUAUUUUACUCCAAGUAAAGAAUUCACUGGAUGAGGGAGCUGGCAAGGUGGCACUACAAGAGAUGAUGAUGGAAUUCUAUCAAGUUAUACGUCACGAAACUGAAACAGACUAUAAAGUUUCCAAAAAGCUGUUACCUAGAAAACAGGACCUGUGUCAGGUCACUUUUCCAGAUUGCUGCAGCAGUAUUAAGUAUUCUUCACCCAGUGAAAUGGAUGGAACCCGGCUCCUGGCAGUUUGUGAUGUGGCACUUGGAUCCUACUCAGAUUUGUAUGAACAAGAUUAUUCGUUAAAUAAUGCACCAUCAGGUUAUGACAGUGUGCGUGGAGUCCGUAAAACAGCAGACAUCUCCUCAGACUUUGAGGGUGAUGAAUAUGUUGUGUAUAAAACCUGUCAGAUUAAAAUUAGGUAUGUUGCUAAGUUUUGCCUUGCUGAAGAUCAAAAAAAAACAUUUCAGCCUGCAGAUGAGGUGUAAGUGGAGCAAGAUAGCAAUAAGCUAGAGUCGCACUGUCAUUUACAGUAUGAGAGCUAUGAAUUACCAAAUGCAAAUCUUUCAAAUCCGGUAAAACUCUUCUUCGGGACAGAUACAAUAAAAAAGACUUGUGUUAAACAAGUAAAACCACAGAAAAAUGGAUUUUCUGUGGCUAUGUCUAUUGAGAUGCCAUCUAGUAUUGAACGCAUACAUAGUUGGACACAUAAACUUAAAAUAAAGAAAACAAACUGCAAGGCUGUAAUCAAGACUGUGGAGAAUAGCUCCUUGGACAUUAGCAGCUUUGUUCUAGAUAUCUGGAUUUCUCAUGUCUACCUACCUCGAAUGUAGGUAGAGAAGCAUCCCAACAAAAUGAGUGAGACGAGAAUCCAGUGCUGUUUGCAGAAGAGUGAAUUAGAUAAGAACAUGAAACGACAAAAUUCUUUUUUCAGUUUUUUGCGUGAGACCUGGCAUAUAGCUUGUAUGCUUGUAUUCCAACCAGAGCUUGAAACAGCAUUUGAAGAAGAGCAGCUGUCCAGUAAAAUUAUUAUUUUAUUAGAUUGCUUGAAUUCGAUGGCAGGUUCAGCUCUACACCAAGCCAAGCAGAUUGCUUUACGUGUUUUGGAACUAUUUUGUUUCAGACAAAGAGUGAAUGUGGUCAAAUUCGGCACAAAUUUCACAGAAUUUUCUUCUUUUUCAAUGAACAUCACAAAUGAUUUGGCAUCACUGAAGGAGUUAUUACAGCCUAGCGAGACUCCCCGAAUUCGCAGAUCGGCCCAGAGAGGGGGAAAAUGCACCACCGCACUUAGAACAGCUCUCCAGGAACAAUCAAGGCGCUUUGUAACAACAGAGAAAGAAAGGAUUCAGCAGAGAAUUGAGUUGACUUCUGUAAACUGGAAAGAAAUUUUUGCGCUCCAAAAUCAGGAUGGCUCUUGGAAUCUCAGUCCACAGUUAGGAAAAAUCUUGACACUUGAUGUUGAUCAUUUGAUUAAUAAUUUCCUUAUUAGAAAAGGCAUUCAGUCACUUGGCCCAAAUGUAAAAGAAAAGCUACUGCAGUUGAUUGCUACUCUUCUUGUGCUACAGUCCAUAUGCUGCACAAAGGAACUGAAAGGGAUAGUUUUCAAAACACUGAUGAAACUGGAUGAUUCGUCUAAUUCAAGCCAGGCCCACCCGGGCACCGCACCUUCCGCAGAAAGGUCAACGGCGUCUGAAGGCGCCUCUGAGUGCCCCCGGUCACCACCGCCCUUCUCCGGAGAAGGGCUACUGCGCCAGGCACCGACACCUUGCGCGGGGGUUCGGUCACGCUUUCGAGGAAGGGGCCCCCGGGCCUGCGUGCAGACCGGCAGCUCCAGCGGUCAGCCGGCGCUCGCCCCUCGCCGACGGGACCGGGGCUCCCGGCAGCCGUAG